ACCACCCGGGGGCACCCUAGUUCGAGAUCAGAGCCGGGCGCGCCCCAGCUCUAAUCGGAUUCCUGUCCUGGCACGGAUCCUCCCCUGCGUGGGCGUGGAAGCGCGCCUGCCCUCCCCUCCGAGACUUGCAAGCGCAGCCUCCGCGCGACAAGCGACGAGCCACGCGCCUCUCCGCCCGCCCAGGGGCGCUUCUUGCGCGGAUUCCCUCGUGGGUCGGAGCCGGGCUCCAUCCGGGCAGCUGCGCCCUCGGAGGGAAAGGGAGAGGCGGCUAAAAGCGCGCGGGCGCUGCGUCCUUGGAACCGGUUACGCAGCCAGCCGUUCGGGCGGUUCAAGGAGAAGCCGCAAAGAUAGCCUCUGGGCAUACGCAGAGCGCCUUUCCCUUCGCUCCUCCUCCGGCGCCGCCAUCUCCUGUCCUUCCGUCUAGCACGCGUUAUAGCUUUAUUUUUAAGGUUUUAUUGAAGGUUGGCAACGGUAGAGGACUCAAGGAAAGCCCAAAUAGACGCCGUGUCCCGUGGAGAGGGAGUCCUGGGCGUCCUUGUUGGUGGUACAGAAUAUUUUUUAAAAAGCAGCAAACAGGACAGAAUUCUCCCAGGCUUUGGCAACGCAUCACCCCGUGUCUCCGAUCUCAGCUCUUCCACGUCUUUAGGAUGCCGGAAGGUCCAGAAUUGUUCCUAAACAGCCGGUACAUCAACGAGGAGUGCGGGGGCCUCCUUUUCUCAGGUAAAGUGGAGAAGUCGGAAGUGAGCAAGAACCCGGAGGUGCCCUUUGAGAGCGACAGGUACCUGAUCUCGGCCGUGUCGAGGGGCAAGGAGCUGAGGCUCACCCUCACACCGCUCAAACAGGAGGGCCCCGCUCCGUCCAAAAGGCGGGUCUCUGCAGCCCGAGGGAAGCAGGCAGCUCAAGAGCCAAUGGAUAUCAUCUUCCGUUUUGGUAUGUCUGGCAACUUCAAAUUUGUCCCCGUGUCCGAGAUGCCAAAGCAUGCGCAUCUGCGCUUCUACACCCGAGGAAGCCCGCCCCGUGUCCUCUGCUUCGUGGACUUCCGUCGAUUUGGCCGAUGGGAGGUGAGCAGUUCCUGGCAGGUGGACCGAGGGCCCUGUGUGAUGCUGGAGUAUGAGAAGUUCAGGGAAAAUGUGCUGAGGAACCUCUCGGACAAGGCUUUUGACAAGCCCAUCUGCGAGGCUCUGCUAAACCAGAAGUUUUUCAACGGUGUUGGCAAUUACCUCCGGGCUGAGAUUCUCUACAGGUUGAAAAUCCCUCCCUUUGAGAAGGCACGGACUGUUCUGGAGGACCUGAAGCCCCAGGAACAGUCAUCUGGACUAACCUCUAGGAAAAAGGUGAAGCCGAAACAGGAGACCCCCGACCUGCUGGAGCUCUGUCACCUGGUGCCCAUGGAGGUUGUGAAUCUGGGUGGCAAAGGUUAUGAUCCCGUUAGGACGUCUGAUUACACCAUGUUCCUGGAGUGGACUCAGUGCUAUUUCGUCCCAGGCAUGCAGACCCUGCGUGAUGCCAACGGCAGGACUAUCUGGUUCCAGGGCACUCCUGGACCAAUGGCCCCAAAAGGUGAGUAUUGGGGGCUCCUUGGAUCACCUGUCAGUGAUUUCUCCUGGAUACCAAUACAUUGGGUGGCGAAGGGAGCAAAUAGUUUUUGAUCCAGCCUCUCACAGGGCUUGUUAAGUAAAGAUUUAGGCUUUUAUUAGUUUUCCACAUUUAUAACAAAUAUAACAUAUAAAA